CGCGACCGCGCCUGCGCGCUGAGUUGCGGACGGUGGCGCUCCAGUCAGUGGGACAGCGCGGCAGCCGCUCCUCAAAGCCGAUCCGCGAGUUUUCUCCGCCGUUGUCGCCGCCAUGAGUCGCAGCUAUAAUGAUGAACUUCAGUUCUUGGAAAAGAUCAAUAAAAACUGCUGGAGAAUCAAGAAGGGCUUCGUGCCCAACAUGCAGGUUGAAGGAGUUUUCUAUGUGAAUGAUGCUCUGGAAAAACUAAUGUUUGAGGAGUUAAGGAAUGCCUGUCGAGGUGGUGGAGUUGGUGGCUUCCUGCCAGCCAUGAAACAGAUUGGCAAUGUGGCAGCCCUGCCUGGGAUUGUUCAUCGAUCCAUUGGGCUUCCCGAUGUCCACUCAGGUUAUGGAUUUGCUAUUGGGAACAUGGCAGCCUUUGAUAUGAGUGACCCGGAAGCAGUGGUAUCCCCAGGUGGUGUUGGAUUUGACAUCAACUGUGGUGUCCGUUUGCUAAGAACCAAUUUAGAUGAAAGUGAUGUCCAGCCCGUGAAGGAGCAACUUGCCCAAGCCAUGUUUGAUCACAUUCCUGUGGGGGUCGGAUCAAAAGGCGUCAUCCCAAUGAAUGCCAAAGACUUGGAGGAGGCCUUGGAGAUGGGUGUGGACUGGUCCUUAAGAGAAGGCUAUGCCUGGGCUGAAGACAAGGAACACUGCGAGGAGUAUGGACGGAUGCUGCAAGCCGACCCCAACAAGGUCUCCGCAAGGGCUAAAAAGAGAGGCCUUCCUCAGUUGGGGACCCUAGGAGCAGGCAACCACUAUGCAGAAAUCCAGGUUGUGGACGAGAUUUUCAAUGAGUACGCUGCUAAGAAAAUGGGCAUCGACCAUAAGGGACAGGUGUGUGUGAUGAUCCACAGUGGAAGCAGAGGCUUGGGCCACCAAGUAGCCACAGAUGCACUGGUAGCUAUGGAAAAAGCCAUGAAGAGAGACAAGAUUAUAGUCAAUGACCGUCAGCUGGCUUGUGCUCGAAUCGCUUCCGCUGAGGGUCAGGACUACCUGAAGGGAAUGGCAGCAGCUGGGAACUACGCCUGGGUCAACCGGUCUUCCAUGACUUUCUUAACCCGUCAGGCUUUUGCCAAGGUCUUCAACACAACCCCUGACGACUUGGACCUACAUGUGAUCUAUGAUGUUUCUCACAAUAUUGCCAAAGUGGAACAGCAUGUGGUGGAUGGGAAGGAGCGGACGCUGCUAGUACACAGGAAGGGGUCCACCCGAGCUUUCCCUCCUCACCAUCCCCUCAUUGCCGUCGAUUACCAACUCACUGGACAGCCAGUGCUCAUUGGUGGCACCAUGGGAACCUGUAGUUACGUUCUUACUGGCACUGAACAGGGCAUGACUGAGACCUUUGGAACGACCUGUCAUGGAGCGGGCCGUGCAUUGUCCCGAGCAAAAUCUCGACGUAAUUUAGAUUUUCAGGACGUCUUAGACAAAUUGGCAGACAUGGGAAUUGCGAUCCGUGUUGCCUCACCCAAACUAGUUAUGGAAGAGGCUCCUGAGUCCUAUAAGAACGUGACCGAUGUAGUGAACACCUGCCAUGAUGCUGGAAUCAGCAAGAAGGCCAUUAAACUAAGACCGAUUGCUGUUAUCAAAGGAUAGACCUCGGCCCCCAGGCACCAAUGACCCUCACGGAGCAGAAGUGGACUGAAACACUCUUCAGACAUCAGACUCGAGACCUGGCAGGUUCCAAAGUGUAUGGCUCUGACUAUAACAAUAGCAGAAAGGCAGCUGCUGCUUUCCGGAGCCAGAGCCAUAACACAGCAGUUCUGGGAGGAGUCACAUUGCCUCCAUUUGGAAAGGGGUGUAUGUGCUUCCUCCCUGAUUGUCCCACAGAUGUUUAGGAAAAUCUGUUUGCAGUUUGAGGAUAAGUCAAGAAACUGCCUUACUCAGUCAUACAAGUCUUUCAUCACCAGAAUAAACUUCUUUACACCAAGGUCUGAUUACAUUCUGAGAGGUGUCAUGAAUAAUGUUAAGUAAGAAAGUUGUGGAAUGUUUCAUUCCCACCAUCCUUUUGUCAGUUUGUCCUUUCAUCCACUCAUCUACACUCUUACCCUGAACUGAGCAAAACCCUAAAUACCACUCUGACUUGAAGAGUGCCCACAGAGCGAUAGCAGGGUAUUAGAUGAAUGGAUAUCCGGACACAUGAAGGAGGAAGGUGUGUGAGCGUGUCAGGAUAGGGGCCCAAAAGAGAAAAUGCUUUUUCUUUUUGUAAACUUGUUACCUUUUCCUUUCUAACAUAAAGCAGAGUUUAGACUUACCUGCAAAAUGGCAUCUGCUGGUGUCUGUCAUUAAUUAGGCCUGGUGUGGCAAAGUUUCCUUCAAGAAUGCCUUGCACUGCAACACAGAACCUUCACAUGAUACUGAAUAUCUUUACAUUUGUGAUAUGACUGUGAAAGCCUUCAGUGACCACAGCUAUGAUGUUAACGGUUGCUCUGUUUGACAGAUUGACUAGUCUUGUGCCACCUAAUCAGAUGUCAUGCAAUGUACUGUGACCCUUCAAAGAUGUUAAAGUUAUAGACUACUAAGACUUUGGUUGAGUCCAAACAUCCAGUAAAGUAGAAAAAUCUAAUAAAGUUGCAAUAUGUUGUUUACAUUUUGUGCUUAAUAUUUUGUAGUUAGGACAAUUAGUAUUUGUACUUGAUUAACCUUGGAUAGUGUUGCUGUUUUCUGAUUUUCUCCCAGAUUGCUUUCAGAGACCCACCCUAAGAUCAUUCUUUCCUAAAACUUAUCCCUCAGCUUACAGUAGAAAUCCCCACUGGAGUAUCUUCUGGAUGCUGAUGUUUGGAAAGCUGGAGAAAGGCUUUGAAAAAUGUAUGAUGUGAAAUAGCAUAGUCUGUCUUUUCUCUGAGCACUCAGUAACUUAAAUGUUUUUGAAGGAAGUGUUUGAAAGUUAACUAAGUUAGGACUUGUAGUGCAAUAAUCGUAGAUUACUUACAGCUUCAGCCUGGACCAGCAACUGCUAGGUGCAGAUGACUUAAGGAUGCAAGUUACCAGUGAGCGCUGGAGGGCACUUCCAGGUGAGAAACGGGCUUUAGGCAGGCGUUAGAUCUUCAGAGACAGGCAGCAUUGGGAGCGUGGACUCCCGCUAACUGGGCUUGCCUAGUGAUGUGUCAUUUGAAACUAAUUCAAAGCUCAGUCGGCUCCCAAAACUGAUUAAUCAAUGCAAGAAUGCUGCAGGGCAUCUUAAAUAAGUAUGUUGAGUUUUAUUAGAUGCUUUUGACAAUUACCCUUUGGGAUUGUGCGAGGGGAGCAGGUGAGGAGAAAUAAAGGAAGAAUGGUUUAUGCGA